AUGGACGCAAUGUUUACACAUCCGAACUGCUUCAAAAACAUCCUUGAUGAACGGGCUAAAAAUCCGUUCUUUGCCGGAAUUCGGAGUAUUUACAAACUUUCCAGCAGAGAAAUCUUUUCGGAAAAACAUUACCUUUGUGCGGAUGAAAUUCAUUCAUUGCAUUUUAGAGCUACGUGA